AUGUUUUUACCCAAAGUCAUUGUUGCUUUUGAACCAGGUGACCUUGAGUUUGAAAUCAUGUCUCCUAAGCCUCGCAAAUUAAAGACCCCACAGGACCCCAAUGUUACCUUUGAGGCAGAACUUAUCGAGUCCAAGGUUAGGUCUAUUGGGGCAUACAUUAGUGGCAUCCUGAAGUCUUGCGGCAUUAAGCAGCGGAAAGGGUGCAUUAUAAGGUCUGUGGCACGUAGGGAAUUCAGCUGUUGUCCCCCAGAAAGACAGAGAAACGCUUACGAACAAGAGGAAGAAGGAGAGGUGGCUGGUGAGGCGUAUGUUCCACAACCAUACGCUCCUCAGGAUGAGGUACAACCACAAACUUAUGCUGAGGAGUUUAUUUCCCUCAACGACCAAGGUAUCCUGUACAAUUUCGAUGACAAUGCGGCCCUUAAUCAGCAAGUACAUCUCUGCUCUGACAACAUCGACAACAUUGUGGCCCGAGCAUAUUUGUACGAGCAUGUUGGUAUGAUCAAAGUUCACUGCCAGGAGUACGAUGAUUCACAUGCCCGGAUUAUGGUUUCGGAAAUCCUGCAAGAGGACGCUGAAAUCCCAGUCCCAAUUGAAGAGUGCAGAUAUGUUAGGGACGUAUACCAGAUGUUCCUUCCUUGGCCUAAACACUUAAUUUUAACAACCGAGGGUCCACUCGCUCAACCGCCCUCAAGACUUGAUGCGUCAAAGGGGAAAGCUCUGAUGCUUUCUCCACAAGGCCGUGGUGCACGGGAAGAUGACUUGUUCACGGAAGAGAAGAUGGCGUUGAUCCCUAAUUCGCUAAAAUGGAUGAUUCAUGAAUUCCUGAGGCUCAAAGAUAAACGUGAUAUAAUCACAAUUCAUGUCCCCCGAGGAUUCAUUGCACCGCGUACCCAGAUCACGUUAUUUGGAGAGGAUUUGCAGCAGGUUGCUACGUGUGACUACAUCGGCAACCAGGGAAUGCUGUUUGGAAUGAUGUAUACUCUUCUUUAAUCUAAUUAACCUUAUAUCAAAUUAUAGUUAAAUUAUUAUAAGACACUAACAAUUUUUUUGGCAGGCACAUAUGGGAGAGCAUCAACGGUCUGAGAAAAAUUUUCAAGUUUUACAACC